CUCCCUGACAAAUUACUCAUUUCUUCUAAAUUUUCCUUCAUUUCCACUUAAUCUCUCUCUUUCUUUUUCUCUUGAAGGGAUCCAUGGAGAAUCAAAGCUCAAACCCAUCAAUCAUGUUACCAAAACAAUCACACCCACUUCACCAAAUCGCAGAAACGCCCACCCACAGGUUGCUUCUGAAACAAUGGCUGAAAGAAGAAGAACUAAUUCUCAACAGAAUAUCGUUCAAGGAGACUCAGAUCGACUUGAUCCGUAAAGAGAUCACACAGCUUUACAUCUUCUUCUUCCUCUUCCACUCCAUUUCUCUCCUCCUUCUCUUCAACUCUUCUUCCAAGGAGGCUCCUGUUGGUGGCUGCCAUAGGUCUUGGAUCCCAUCUCUGUGUUCUUUGCUGUGUUCGAUGGGGAUAAUUUGGGCUGUUCGGUAUAAAACCGAUGUGGAAGUUCACUUGGAGAAGCUGCUGGAAAGGGAGGAGGAGGAUGGGAAACUGUUGGGGAAGUGUGUGGAGGAGUUGAAGAAGAAAGGGGUGGAGUUUGAUUUGUUGAAAGAGGUAGAUGCUCUUAGGAGGGCUAAGAGUUUGAGGGUGGAAGCUAAAGCUGUGAGGAAAUGGUCUGCUAGGGACUUUGUUACUUUGUUUUUCUUCACUGCUUCUUGUCUGGUUCUUGGGUUGACUAGGGUUAUUUUGUGCAGUUAAACGGUUGUUUGGCUCAUUGGAAAGUUAUUGAUUAUUUUGUGCGGGGUUUUCUUUACUUUGGUAGAAGGUUGAUAUUGGAUUUUGCCGUAGAAAUGGUGGGGAAAUUGGUUGUUGGAUAGCAGAAUAUUCUGUUCUGCUUUUGUAAUUUGGGAAAGUUAUCAUGUCUCAUAUUAUGAAAUAAAUAUCAUGUUCUC